UCUCAGUGGCAACAAAUCGGUCUUUCCCAGCUACAGUAUGAUGCUGCACAUAUUUUCAUUAAAAGUUCACUUAUAAGUGUACUUGGUAUAGCCUAUGUUGCAGGAAUAUGUCGUCCUCCUCUCAAUUGCGGAGUUAAUAAUUUCAGAGGAGACCCCUGGUCUGUUUUUGCCCUCACUGUAGCUCAUGAGUUGGGUCAUACUUUGGGAAUGAAGCACGAUGAAGACUCCUGUUUGUGUGGGCAAAGUGCUUGCAUCAUGAAUGCUAUCAGAGUGCCAGCAGAGAGAUUCACCGAUUGUAGUUAUGCAGAUUUUACAAAGACCGCUUUCAACCAGGGAUCGUGUCUGCACAAUCCUCCAAUUCCAGGGACAGUCUUUAUGCUGGAGCACUGUGGGAAUGGUGUGGUUGAAGGAGAAGAGAAGUGUGACUGUGGAUCUGUAAAGCAGUGUAAACAAGAUCCCUGUUGUCUGCUGAACUGCACGCUGAGGCCUGGGGCUGCUUGUGCUUUUGGGCUUUGUUGCAAAGACUGCAAGUUCAUGCCAUCAGGGGAACUCUGCAGACGUCAGGUCAAUGAAUGUGACCUUCCGGAGUGGUGCAAUGGCACAUCCCAUCAGUGCCCAGAAGAUGUAUAUGUGCAGGAUGGGAUUCCCUGUAGUGAGCGUGCCUACUGCUAUCAAAAGAGCUGUAAUGACCAUGAUGAACAGUGCAGGGAGAUAUUUGGUGAAGGUGCAAAGAGUGCAUCCCAGAGUUGCUCCAAAGAAAUCAACUCCCAGGGAAAUCGUUUUGGCCACUGUGGCAUCAAUGGCACAACAUACCUAAAAUGUCCUAUUUCAGACAGCUUUUGUGGGAGAAUUCAGUGUGAGAAUGUGGGAGAUAUUCCCCACCUGAGGGAUCACUCAACUUUGCAGUACACCCGCAUCAAUGAUGUCACCUGCUGGAGUAUCGACUAUCACUUAGGGAUGAAUACACCUGAUGCUGGUGAAGUGAAAGAUGGCACAGUGUGUGGUCCAGGAAAGCUCUGCAUACACAAGAGGUGCGUCAGUCUGUCUCUCCUGUCACAAGUCUGCCUGCCUGACACCUGCAACAUGAAUGGGAUCUGCAAUAAUAAGCAUCACUGCCACUGCAGCCAUGGGUGGUCCCCACCCUACUGCCUACACAGAGGCAAUGGAGGUAGUGUUGACAGUGGCCCGGCAUCCGCCAGAAGAGUUUUCUUGCCACUGGUUGUGACUCUUAGCUUGUCUCUUUUGCUUUUACCUUUGGCUGCUAUAUUUAUGCACCUUCGACAACGUUUUGGGCCCAAGAAGACUACGGCUCAUUCUUCAGAUUAAGAACAUGCCUGUAACUUAAUAUCCUCUACACGAUUAAGUUUUAGUCUAUUGGCAGUAGAAGUUUUACUACAUACCUGACACUGAACCCAUUUCUGACAGUUGACAGAAAAAUGCAGAGAGACCUUCCCUUCUGUCAGUAUCAGAAACUUUGCCAUCAAGCAAAGGUAA